ACUGCUGACUAAUUUUUCUAUAAUGAUUCUUAUUCAUCUGAUCAAAAUUGUGAAACUCUCUUACUCUGUUCUCUAAAGAUCGUAUUUUUGUUUACUCUGUUCUCUAAAGAUCGUAUUGAUCUUCUUUUUACUCUGCAAAAAACGACGAUGAAAUUUUGCAAUCCUUUCUUGAGACUCAUUCUCAGGCGUAAACCGAUCUCCAUGAUUUCUCCAACAAUGUUUCUCCUAUCGUCACCUACCACUUCGUCUUCCAUCGGCCACAGUAAUGGGAUGCUGCGAUCACGAUCAGAAGAUAAUCUUAACAAACUUGGCGAGUGUAUGGAUAAUAUGGACGAAGACGUCUCUAAACUCUUCAUCGAGUUUCAACAAACUGAUCUCCGUGAAGAUCCCGACUUGUUCCGUCUUCUCAACCAUUACUUCACCACUAGCAAAGGUGUUUCCCAGCUCUGCGAGUCUCUUAGAACUUGCUUAGAGAGAUCCGAGAACAACGAGUGUCUCUUACUUGAUGAAGCACUAGUUGAUUUUGAGUUGGAAAAAUUAGGUUAUGGUGGGUCACUCGAAGAAGCUAGUUUCAGAAAAACCUACCGAGAUCUGAGGAACUUCAACGCCUUUUACAACAACAAUUCCGGUGAAGAAGACGACUUGGAUUAUUGCGAGUUUCUCAGAAAGUUUCAGACUUGUCAUGAAGAGUUGGCGAAGAUGGUCGUUAAACUGGAGAAGACGAUGAAAGAUAUCGACAAAAAGCUGAGACGUGUUCGAGGACGAAGAGCGAUUGUCACGGCAGCUUUACUAGCUCCGGUAAUUGCUGUAAUCUUCUUGAGUAAACUCGUUGCCGGAUUAGUUCCUAUAGAGGGAUUGAGUACCUUCGUAGCUUCAAGAUGGAGAAAAUCAACGGAAUCUUUGAAAAGGGAGAAGACGGCCAUGAGUUCAAUGGAAAGAGGAAUUAUCGUGGCUCUCAAGCAAGUGGAGAAAAUUAGUAAACUCGUGAGUCGAUUGGAGUCUGUGGAGAGGUCAAUUAGUUUGACGGCGGAGUUUGCUGUUAAGAAAAGGUCUUCGGUGGUUGUAGCUAUGAGAGAGGUGGAAGAGGAACGGAAGAGGUUGAAGUCAACUCUCGUUGACCUAGACAGAGAGACUGGACUUUGCAAUGGUUUUGCUCAGUUUGGUCGUACGGUGGCUCUGGAGAAGAUUACUGAGUUUCUUUCUCGUGGCGACAAGAGCUCCAAAUAGUUGUUUUUACCAUCUCCAAUGGUAAGGAUCCCUUAGAAUUUUUAAUUGUAAAUUUUGACAAAUACAAAGUAUGUUGUUACUUGUAGUUUUGUAUGAUCUUAGGAAAACUUUGCCUCAAAUAUGUGUUUGAGAUUUACAGAGAAGCAGAAAACAGGAGGUCUAAUAUGUGUUUGCCUCAACUUGGAACUCUUCCUUAGGAUGUCCUAUUCACUAAGCAUUUAUCAUACUUUUCAUGUUUCCAUC